UAUGGGAGGGCUCUGGUGUCCGGGGUGGAGGCACGUCGCUUUCUGUGGCUGGCGUUGGAUCCCCUCUGGGUCUCCGGUCAGGCUUGCGGAGGGGAUAGAGCCGUUUCUUAGGCCGGGAUGGAGUGGGACGGAAGGUGUCGAGAGGGGGCUGGGGACAUGGACGCGCCGGAGCGUCGGAGCCCGGGCCUCGCCCGUGCCGCCACCGCGGCGGCCGAGAAGCUCGAACCCGUUCACGCGCGCGCAGCAGGAGGAUUGGCGGCGGCGGAACAAGACGGUGCUCACUUACGUGGCGGCGGCCGCCGUGGGCAUGCUGGGCGCGUCCUACGCCGCGGUUCCCCUGUAUCGGCUCUACUGCCAGACGACUGGACUUGGAGGAUCAGCAGUUGCAGGUCAUGCAUCAGAUCAGAUUGAAAAUAUGGUGCCUGUUAAGGAUCGAAUCAUUAAAGUUACGUUUAAUGCAGAUGUGCAUGCAAGUCUCCAGUGGAACUUUAGACCUCAGCAAACAGAAAUAUAUGUGGUGCCAGGAGAGACUGCACUGGCAUUUUAUAAAGCUAAGAAUCCUACUGACAAACCAGUAAUCGGAAUUUCUACAUAUAAUGUCAUUCCAUUUGAAGCUGGACAAUAUUUCAAUAAAAUACAGUGCUUCUGUUUUGAAGAACAAAGGCUUAAUCCCCAAGAGGAAGUAGACAUGCCAGUGUUUUUCUACAUUGAUCCUGAAUUUGCUGAAGAUCCAAGAAUGGUGAAUGUUGAUCUCAUCACUCUUUCUUACACAUUUUUUGAAGCAAAGGACGGACACAAGUUGCCAGUACCUGGUUAUAAUUGAAAUCACAACUAAGUUCUUCUAAUUUGUGAUUUUUGAAAAAUCAUGUACCCACUUCUCAGAGGUGAAAUAACUCUGAAAAUGUGAAGCCUUCUAUUUUAAAU